CUAUGUUAAUGUCUUUGCAAGAAGCGGAAAAUCAUGUAAAUGUAAUAUAUCCAGUAGAAUUUGAACAUGUUGCCAACAUUAACAUCUUUCCAUUCGCAAACUUUUUAAUUAAUAUUGGAGAUUUGUACAAUCCCAAAUUAACAUAUGAGGAAUGCCAAAACAUCAAUAACAUUUUAGGAAUUCAAGGAAAUAUAGGGUUUUAUACUUUAUAUAAUCAAGUCCAGGAAAUUGUUAAACGAAAAAUUGAUAUUCUAAUUGGCCAAAAUUUAAUUGAAUUAUUUAUUGGAAACAAGGAAUAUUUACCUGAAAAUUCUGAAAAUUUGCCAAAUCGUUUUAACUUCGUCAUGAAAGUAAUUUAA